AUGCCUUCGAAGGACCCACCGGUUGUUUCUAGGAUCCACGCCACAAAACCAGACACCAAAGCACUGCCCCGGAUACUCUGCCUACAUGGCGGCGGUGUCAAUGCAGCGAUCUUCGAAGCGCAGUCGCGAUCACUCAUUAGGCACUUACAACACUCUUUCCGUCUUGUAUGGGCAGAUGCACCUUUCUUCUGCGAUCCCCACGCGGACGUCAUCGAUGUCUAUGGUUCAUACGCGCCUUUCCGCCGAUGGCUCAGAUGGCUUCCAGAGCAUCCUGAGAUUGAUGCCGAGAGCUGUAUAGAAGAGAUGGGUUACGCCAUACGGACCACGAUGGAAGAUGACGAUCGAGCAGGAGCCACAGGAGAGUGGGUGGGGCUGAUGGGCUUCAGUCAGGGUGCGAAGUUGUCCGCAAGCAUAUUGCUCGAGCAACAAGCGAGAGAGGAAAAGGCGAGGAGAGAAGGACGGAGUAUCGACGUUGGCCUAAUAAAGAUUCCGGGCCUGCACUGGAGAUUUGGGAUCCUGCUUGCAGGCAGAGCGCCGCUCAGCAACCUGAACCCAGACGUUCUGACUAGCCCAGCAUUGGUGGGCGCUGGUGACUUGUCAGAGGGGUUCCAAUUUUGCAAAGAGGUGAAGGACGACACAGUGUUGAGGAUGCCUGCGCUACAUGUACACGGGAUGGCUGAUGCAGGGCUGCACUUGCACAGGAAAUUACUGCAUGAGUACUGUUCCAAAGACGCUGCAACACUGGUAGAGUGGGAGGGCGCGCAUCGAAUACCUCUCAAAAGCAAGGAUGUGGACAGGGUCGUUGGCGCCAUAUAUGAUAUUGCGGAGAAGACGGGAGUUGAAGUGACUAGGACAGUAUAG